CCAGGCGAGGUCCUAGCUAGGGCCCUUCCCAAGUCCCUCCUGCUGCACUCAAUACCUGGAUUAAACAAAGAAAAUUGUGUCUGCCAGGCUCACUAGCUGAAGUCACAAGAUUCCGAGGAUCAUGCGGCACUCCGGCAUUCCUACAAAAACUCGUCCGGAGGGGCACACUUCCCGCCACACGAAAACGGCUGUGCACCGGACUUUCCAGAUAAAAACAUUUAGCACCGAGUUGAAAAACCAUGUGAUGGUCAUGGAUUUCGUGAAGAGUAACUGGUUCCCCUCCCAGAGAAGAGCCAAAGUUUGCAUCAUCCAUAUGUGUCAAGGCCUGAAGACAGCUGAGCAGACAGCUAGCCGAUACGAGAUCCACAGUCGGCUCUUCUCGUCCCCCAGAGAUCAUUCUGCUUGGGGAAGAAAUGAAGGUCUCUCAAACGCAGGAUUACGGGACAACCAGUACAGUACAAACGAUCAAAUUGCCUUUAAAAAUCUUCAGUCUGAUGUUACAGAGAAGAAAUCUGACUUCACCGAGGAGACUCUGGCAUCGCACAGCACAAAAAUGAUUUCAUCCCUCGUCAUUUCACAGCUGAUGGAUGAGAGUAAAUCAAAGGCAAACCGGGCCGCGCCGCCCGCGCCCUGCGCACCGGCUCUGCACGCCGCGCCUACGGCCAGGCCGUCGCGGGUGAACCGCAGCGGGGUCUCCAUCAGCCGGGCAUUCGCCCUCCUUCCCGGCAGGCUGGGCGUUCAGACGCCGGCGGCCCAGGAGCCAGGACCUGACACGGAGCUGCCGUCCAACGAGGAGAAGCCGUGCAGCGGCCCCCAAAGGGGCUUUGCGUCCAUCACCAUCACGGCCAGGCGCGUGGGCCCCGCAGCCGGCACCCUGGCGUGGGAGGCCGUGGGGGGCCCGCGGUGCACCGAGUGCCGGGCCCAGGGCGCUCUGCUCAGGGACGCCUCUGCUCCGGCUGGGGGUGCCGAGCCCCGUGGGCACCAGGGACCGUUCACCUGCGCGGAUUGCUCCAGAAACUGCUCUGUGGUGAGGCUGAAGGUGCCCGAGACGGACCCCCGGCUGUGCGAGACUCACGAGUACUGCAUCACGGAUGUGGACAACCGAGAGGACAGUUUUCCUCUGGGCGCCGCGCGGUCGGGAAAGGGGCCGCUGGUGUUCAGCUCCUGCGUCCAUGUCAGGGUGUCUCAGCAGUGCCCCAAUUCCAUUUACUAUCUAGACCGGUCCCUCUCCGUCCCCAUUGAGCAGCCUCCGCUUGCUGGCCCUAAAAUGCACAGGUCGGUCCUGUCGCUCAACCUAAGCUGCAGUUCACACGGAUUGACACCAGAUGGAGUAGACGGCACAGCUAAUGGAGGGCCAAUGAGCAGUGCUUUGAAGCAGGAGCUCACGGAAGGAAACCAGAACCUCCUAGGCCCCCGCUGGAACCCGGGUUUGCAAGGAAGUUUCUUGAAGGAAAACCCGUCCUUGGAGCAGGUGCAUCUGGGGCCCUGCACCUGUCCUUGGAGGGGCUCCCGUCUGUUGGAAAAGCAAGCAUUCUCAGGUGUGGGAGUUCAGCAGGUCACAGUAAGAAAAGGGAGAGAGGACUAUACCACUCGGCACACCGGGGGUGGUGGCAGCCAACUGUCCAUCCACAUUCCUGGCUGGAGUUACACAGCAGUAGAAGCAAAAGUAUUUUCUGGAAGCAGCGAGAAGCAACAAGGAGAAGCACGUGUGACUUUGUCUGCUCCCCCAGUGGAACAGAAGCUGGUUAAAGAGUUCCUUCCCGAUGGGUGUAGCUCUCCAAACAACAGCUGUCAGUCUAGCAACUUCUCUGAGCCCUCAGAGAGUCAACAGCAAAGCUUCCUGAAAUCCGGAAUCCCUUUAUCUGGCUUUCUUUGCCCCUUACAAGAUUUAUGCACAUCUCCACAGGAAGACAGUGAUGUUCAGAUAGAAAGAGAGUCCCCCAAAGAACCAGCUCCUAGCAGGCUCCUGGGCUGCCCCCGGGGAGAGAUGCAAGGGGAUUACAAGUGCUGUGACUUGGUUGUAAAAAUAAAGGAAUGCAGGAAGAGUGAGGAGCCCCCCGAGCCAGCACCCCUGGAACCAGCACCCCCAGAGCCAGUGUCCCCUGAGCCACCAGAGACCCCUGACCUGUCCGAAGACUGUUCUGAGGGUCAAGGAACACCUGUAAGCUCCUUGACCUUGCAGGAAGCCCUGGAAGUCCGGAAACCCCAGUUCAUUUCUCGUUCCCAAGAACGGCUGAAGAAACUAGAACACAGGGUACAGCAGAGAAAAGCCCAGCGGACGGAGAACCUGGGCCAGAAGCAGAGUCUCUUUCCUCCCCGCGCCAACAAGAAGCAGUUCACGGUUCCCCACCCUCUUAGCGAUAACUUGUUCAAACCCAAAGAAAGAUACAUUUCAGAGAAGGAGAUGCACAUGCGAUCUAAAAGAAUCUAUAAUAACUUGCCGGAAGUGAAAAAGAAAAAAGAAGAACAAAAGAAAAGAGUGAUCUUACAGAGUAACAGACUCCGUGCUGAAGUCUUCAAAAAGCAAUUACUGGACCAGCUCCUUCAAAGGAACGCGGUCUAACCGUAGGCUGCCCUGCUGACCCACUCCCUGGACCUGGGAUGACUUCAAACGCUGGAUCAACCAUUAAACUUAGCAUUAUCUUCAUGAUAUGAAA